AUGAGUGAGAAAGGGGAAUGUUCGAAGCAGAAAAUGGCAGAGGAAAAAUUGAAGACAUAUACGCUGCAAAGUGCAGAUAAUGCAAUCUUUGAAGUAGAUUCUUUGAUUGUGGAGCAGAUGCAAACGGUGCAAUCCUUCGUCGAUGACAUUGAAGGUGACGGCACGGGCAUCAUAAUUCCCCUUCCAAAUGUCUGUAGCCAAGAACUCGCCAAAAUCAUCGAGUUUUGCCGAGAGCACCGCCGCAUCCCCGACGAUGCCGAUCGUAAGAGGUUCGAUGAGCAAUUUGUGAAGGCGUUGAGUAGCGAUGAGUUGAAGUUGUUGUUCCUUGCAGCAAAUUACCUCAACAUGAAGAGUUUCUUUGAUUUCUUGAGCCAGUCCAUUGCAAAUCUCAUUGAGAACAAAAGCGUUGAGUUCGUGAGAAAGUUCUUUGACAUUGAAAACGAUUUCACACCAGAAGAAGAGGCUAAGCUUCGUAAGGCGCACGCUUGGGCCUUUGAAGGCAUUGACGAGGAUUGA